AAUCGUAUCCCAGUCCUUCAUUUUUCGUCUCCAAACUUUUUCUCCACCUUACAAAAAAAUAUAAAGAAGAGGAAGAAGAAGAAGAAGAAAAAGCGCAAACACCCUCCAAAAAUCUGCCACCAUGUUCUUGCUAUCUUCCCCGUGAGCAUGAGCGCGUGAACGAACAGUUUCAAAAGGUUGUCCCUUUUGCUCUUAACUGUGUCCGAGUCCUCUUUCCCUUUUGCCCGGUUUUGUACAGGCACAGAAACCAUUGUUUCCCUCGUUUUCUCCUCCUCUCCAACGAAAUAAAUCCGCUGUUGAACUUGAAACUCAGCCUCUUCACAUGGCUGUCCAACUCUCUGAAGUCUUUCCUUCAUCUUUUCGAUAGCUUUCGUCUUCCCCUUGCUGGUUUUCACUUAAAGCUCCAAACUUUCUUUCUGGGCCAUCCUCUUUCUGCUUGGAAAUGCCACCGGAUUACUUCCCUCUGCGGUGGGAGAGCACCGGCGAACAGUGGUGGUACGCCUCGCCCAUCGACUGGGCGGCGGCGAACGGCCUCUAUGACGUGGUCAGGGAGCUGCUCCACCUGGACCCCAACCUCCUCAUCAAGCUCACCUCCCUACGCCGCAUCCGCCGCCUCGAGACCGUGUGGGACGACGACACAGCGGUCGGCGACGUGGCCCGGUGCCGCGCCACCGUGGCGCGCAGGCUCCUCCUCGACUGCGAGCCACGGAAAGGCAAGGGCGAGAACUCGCUUGUCCGCGCUGGCUACGGCGGGUGGCUCGUGUACACGGCCGCCUCGGCGGGCGACCUCGAGUUCGUGAAGGAGCUGUUGGAGAGAGACCCUUUUCUGGUGUUUGGAGAGGGAGAGUAUGGGGUGAGUGAUGUUUUGUAUGCUGCUGCUAGGAGCAAGAAUGUUGGGGUUUUCAGGUUCUUGCUCGAAUCUGCGGUUUCACAGGGGAACGGAUUGAGUGGUGGUGAAGGUGAUGGGGACAGAGGUUUUAGGUGGGAGAUUAUGAACAGAGCUGUUCAUGCAGCUGCCAGAGGAGGGAAUGUGGAGAUUCUGAGGGAGCUGAUUGAUGGUUGUUCUGAUGUUUCGGCGUACAGAGAUUUGCAGGGCUCUACUGUGUUGCAUAGUGCAUCUGGAAGAGGGCAAGUUGAGGUUGUUAAGGAUCUAAUAGCAUCCUAUGAUAUCAUUAACUCAACAGACAAUCAUGGCAACACAGCAUUACAUGUGGCUGCUUACCGGGGUCAUUUAAGUGUAGUAGAGGUCCUCAUUCUCGCAUCUCCCUCUCUGGCCUCUGUGAUGAACAGCUAUGGCGAUACUUUCCUUCAUCUUGCUGUGGCAGGUUUCCGCACUCCCGGAUUCCGAAGAGUUGAUCAUCAGAUCAAGCUUAUGAAGCAGUUGUUAUGUGGAAAGAUCAUAAAUAUCGAAGACAUCAUUAAUGUGAGGAACAACGAUGGAAGGACUGCCCUUCACAUGGCUGUAACCGAGAAUAUCCAGACAAGUCUGGUGGAACUGCUGGUGACUGUUCGUUCAAUCAAUUUGAAUGUCCGGGAUUCUAAUGGAAUGACUCCGCUAGAUCUUCUCAAGCAGCGGCCCAUGUCAACAUCUUCCAACAUUUUAAUAAAGCAGUUGAUUUCUGCUGGGGGGAUCACCAACUGUCGAGACCGCAAAGUUAGAAAUGUGCUUGCUUCUCAUCUUAGAGAGCAGGGCGUUGUGCAUAGCCCAGGAACUUCAUUCAGGAUUCCUGACGGAGAGAUCCUUUUGUAUGCUGGGGUCGAUAGUGCAUGUGGGUCCCAUUUCAAUUCGGGCCUGCUGGAGUACGCCAGCUGCGUGAGUGAAAUAAGCGACAUACAUUCUGGUAACUUGUCUGAAAAUAAGAUGGGGAAUUCACUAAAUCGUAGUGGGAGGCGCCUGAAGUUUCUCUUUGGUUGGGCCGGGAGGAAAGAAAGAAAUGCCAUUAAGGUGGAGCUUAGAAAUGACAACGACGACGAUUCUUUCGAGUCUGUCAAAGUAAGUGGCAGUUUCAAGGAUCACCCGAUCUCACUCCGACAACGGUAUUCGAAGCAAGCAUCCCUUCCAAACAAUAAGAGGACUUACUCUUUGGGGGCUGAUUUUCCAAGUCCUUCCACGAGAAAGAAGUACACCACGGGCCUUAUGCACGGUGUGCUUCAAGCGAGGCCACAAUUUUGGCAAGCUGAUUCCGGUCCAAGCUCUUAUGCGGGGUCAUCCGUAUCUUCACCUAUGUCGGUUGACGCCAGACAGAAUAUUAACGUCUUGAGAGCGUCAGGGUCGAUUAAACCCUCGAAUGACGGCAGCGCCCCAGGGAGGGACCAGAACAAGACCUCGCUCAACAGGAGGCUGAUGAAUCAGUAUUUCUGCUUCGGUGCACAACGUCUAGCCACUGAAGAUUCUAUCGAGUCUGCACCGGAAUAUCAAGCCUAUGAGCAAGCAUUAAUGGUAUGAUUUCGCUUCCUUGGAACAGUACAGUACUAGCGGGUUUUCCCCUCGGUAAGAUUGGAUUAAGACAUUCCGAGAGAUCACGAUAUAUUGUUGAUUCCUUAACCUCCCUUUGUAAUAAUAAACAUGAAGCUCUUAGGAGUUUUUCGGCACAGUAAAACGCACGUGGCGGCGAUGUCCCGAGGUUGGUCGAAUAAAUAAUGUUAUGAAGAGCAAGAUUGUGAAACAUGUAAUGUAAAUUGUAUGUGCAGUAGGCUCUGUAUGGAGUUAGGUUUGUUCCCAGGUCAUGUAAAUGGAAUGGACCCAAGAUUGCGGAGUGA